GAGGGAAUAACAGCAGUUAAUUUCCUAAAACAAAAGGAGGCAAGAGGAAAUGCUUCACUAGGUGUUGCCUGUUACCUGCCUAAACCACUAAGUUUCUUGAUUUGUAAUAAGACCAGACAUCUAAUCAUACGAUCCAGGUGUGGUUCCCAUCUCUGAUCAGCCACACCUUGAAAUGUGGAAGUGGGAGAUUUCCUAAUAUUUGCUAUUUCCCAACAUUGCUGUGUGCUAAUGACAUGAAAUCCGCUCAGGUAACUGUAUAUAAGAAAAACAUUCAGAGCGACACUACAACAACCUCCUCGACCAUCUACGAGACAGUCUGCUGAAGUUGCUGAAGACUUAAAGGAUCACGCCCGUCCCAGCUAUGAAACGUCUGGUUUUGAUUCUGUGCUUCGCCGCGUUGUGUUCCUCCGCCUCUGUCUCUGAGGAGAAGAUACGGGUAAAACGCUCAGAUGACAGCGAUGAGAUGAGCCAGAACAACAUGCAGUUCCAGCAAAUUCAAAUCCCCAUUCCUGUGCCAUUCCCACGGCCUUUUCCUAUCCCUUUCCCUUUUGCCUUCCCUAUCCCUCCACCAGUCAUCCCUCCAGUCUUCCCUCCGGUCAUCCCUCCAGUCUUCCCUCCAGUCAUCCCUCCAGUCUUCCCUCCAAUCGGAAAAUGAGACGAGCACCUGACUGACUGGGGAAAACUUAACUUUACUGUAAACAUUGUCCCACUGAAAUGGAAUAAAUAAUGAAUAAAGCAAUGUAUGAAUUGA